UUCUUUCUGCAAAGGCGAGCCGCGACACAGAAGAGAGAGAAGCAGCAGGGCCGGAGAACAAUUGCCAGGGCGCCUGGAAAGUGCAGGAAUCAGCAAGGGAGGGUUACGCAGGAAGCAGCGCUUAGGGUUUGGUGAAUGUCCUCCCUUGGUGCAUGGGAUUCCUGCUGAGGACGGUUUUCAAACGCGUGUUGCAGCCCCUUUCCGGCAGCGCCCUUUCCAGUGCUGCGGAAGAGGCUCCGUCCGUCAUGGCGGCGGCGCUUUUGCUUCGGUCGUCGUUCACAAAGGUGGCCCUCAAGGGCGCCAGCUUCUCUACGGGGUUGAAUGCGUCCCCGCUCAGAGUAGCACCUGCAGUUACGCCGGCAAUCCGGGCCAUUAAUGCGCCCCCUGCUGACUUCAGCAGAGACAGGCAGAACGCAAGUGCCAGGCUGUCUUUCGAUGACGUGUUCGGUGCUAGCCAGGACGCUGCAAACGAGGCUCUUUUGGGAAGAUACUUCGAUGCUGGCCAUGGCUCUUCAAUCGAGAAGCACAAGCUGAAGAAGUCAGAGCUGGUCACGGAAUUCCAGCGAUUCGAAGGGGAUACUGGAUGCACCGAGGUGCAAGUUGCUCUGUUGACCGAGAGGAUCAAGUAUAUGACGACGCACCUGCUCGAGCACAAGAAGGACUUCUCGUCAAGGAGGGGGCUGGAGAAGAUGCUGGGCCAGCGGAGAAGGUUGUUGGUGUACCUGCGUCGCACGAAGCCCGACCGGUAUGGUGUCCUCAUCCAGGCGCUCGGCCUUCGUGACAGAGCGCCCGUGUCGCGGCAGAGCAUGACGAAGAAGACUGUCAAGAUUAAGACGAAGUCUGGCAAGAGGAAGUAGAAGUUGAGGGUAUCGCAACUCGGAAAUGGAUAUAGACGAUCAGGUCUGGUAUGAUUCCAGGUUUCAUUCGGUGGGUGAUGCAGGCUGCGAAGAAGCCUUGUUCUGAAAGUGUUGUGACAUUGACACUCGUCCACUGGCACAUAUUGGCAUUCAGAUUGCAGGGAAUGGGCAACUUGCUUACAUAAGUUGCAAUUGGCGGUGGUCAAGAGGAUGCAGACAAUUGUCUUGCAAGGGUCACUAAGCACACAGCUUAGUGACCCACUUCCACGGUUCGUCAUCAUUCAUGGCUGGCAGUCGUGUGACUGGGCAUCAGUCUGACCAUGUCAUAAGGUAACUAAUUUGCCAAACUGGGC